GAAACAAUCUAUUAAUAUCAUCUUUAGUGAUAUAUCAGUUUUAUGAAGUUAUGAAAUAGACCCCCCUUUGAUCAGUUUUAGAUAGGUAUGAUAGAACUACCCGGGUGCUAAUGGCACUAAAUCAUCGGAGAAGGAUUAUCCCCUCCGACAAACAUCGAGAUGUAUAAAUACCAAAAGAAUUUCAACAAUGUACCGUUUGCAUCCAAUAUAGAAAAAAACUACUAUAACUCAUGUCUGACCAAGAAAAACAAUAUACAAUCGAUCAGGAAGUUGUCCCAGGUACGAUCAGACUCAUCGAUGUUCUUGGUAAUUUAAAUGUUAAAAAGAAUGAUGGAGACCACAACAUCAUUCUUCAACCCCAACCCACUUCCAAUAUCAACGAUCCUUUAAGAUGGACGGAUGCUAAAAAGCAUUUCCAAUUCUUUUUAGUUUGGAUCUGGUGCUUUAUGUUUGCUGUUACUGUCAAUUUCUAUGGUCCAUUAUUCGAUGUAUGGGUUGACGAAUUAAACACUGACUUUAAUGAGUUAGGUAUCAGUGUUGCUAUCUGUUUUUUGGGUCUUGGGUUGGGAGUGUUGAUCGUUCAACCUACUGCUUUGAAAGUUGGAAAGAGAUUCACUUAUUUAUUCUGUACCCUUCUUGGAAUUGCAGGUUGCGUUCUCGGUGCUAAGGCUACAAGUAUCGAAAAUAUUUACGUUUACCAGGCUUUGGGGGGAUUGGGUGCUGCCCCAGUUGACUCUUUAGCUGAAAUCACAGGAACAGAUCUUUACUUCCAACAUCAAAGAUCCACCGCGUUUGGAUUGGUGAUUCUUGCUCUUUAUGCUGGGAGUUACUUAGGUCCAGUAGCUUGUGGAUAUGUUGUCGAUGGUCUUGGUUGGAGAUGGUGUUUUUGGAUACAGGUUGUAAUCUAUGCAAUAAUAUUUGUUUUAUUUUCUUUUACCUUAGAAGAAACGUCAUUCAGAAGAGACCUUAAUGCCGAGGAUGAGUUUGAAGAAGAGAUUCUUUCACAACUGAAAGAUAAGAAGAAGGAGAAUAUCAAACUGACGAGCAAAGAAGUUGACCCCAUAGAUAGGGAUUCUGUAGACGAAUCAGUUCCCAAAAUGACUUACAAGCAACGGAUGCGUAUAAUUCAUACAGAAUACAAUGAUGUCAGAUCUUGGUUAUGCAUUUUCUGGCGUCCGUUCUUCUUAGUCUCCUUUCCAGCUGUAAUAUGGGGUGGUUUAGUUUAUGGCGCUCAAAUGAUGUGGCUAUCUUUGAUUGGUAAUUCUCAAGGUGAUAUUUAUGGGGCUGAACCUUAUAACUUCCUGGCCAAUGGAAUUGGUCUAACUAAUUUGGGUGCUGCAUGUGGUUGUAUUACUGGAAUGUUUUACGGAGGAAACUUUGUUGAUUGGAGUACAAUCAAGUUGGCAGAGCGUAAUAAUGGUAUCAUGGAGCCCGAAUUCAGAUUAUACAGUAUGGUUGUACCCACUGUUAUCAAUGCGGCAGGGUUGUUAGCCUAUGGGUUAGGAGCUGACUAUGGUACACAUUGGGCUGUUUCGGUUGUUAUUGGCCAAGGAUGCUUGGGUUUUGCUAUGGGCUCCACAGGAUCAAUUUGUUUAACUUACGCUGUUGACUGUUACCACAAAUUGGCUAGUGAAUGUAUUGUACUUAUUUUAUUCAUUAGAAACAUGAUUGGAAUGAUCUUUUGCUUUGUAUUUAUACCUUGGUAUGUAAAUUUAGGAUUAAGGGUCACUACUUGGAUGAUGUUUGCCUUGUCGAUUGGUAUCAAUGGAAGUUUCAUUAUCCUUGUCAAAUGGGGUAAGGAUUACAGAAAAUGGACUGCGGUUAGAUAUGCAAAGUAUUCUAACCCUAUGUUUGGGGAAAUAUUCAAAGACAAAAGUUAAAUUGAUUAUAAUAAUUGUGUUUGUCUGUUUUUAACAAUAUAAUUAAUUUUUAUAAGAAUUUAAUAUGUGUUUGUUAGUAUAA